AGAGUCCCUUCGAAUGUAUUAUCCUAAAACCAUAUCUUAUCGUACAAAGCAUUGCACUUGACAUGUAAAAUCCGCUUUGAUUAUUAUUUAAUUAAAAUCAGUGCUAUCAAUUCACCCAUAUGUAUCAUAUAAAACGUACUAUUUAAAAUUUUAUAAUUUGGUUUAAUAUUUUUUAAGGGGUUUUUACUAACAGGUAUUUAUUAUUAACUAACCAGUGAAGCUUUUUUUAAGUAAAUAUGUCUCCAGAAAGUAAAAGCUUAAUAAGAACUAUUUUAAACCCAAUGCUACCAUUUCAAAUGUUGCUGCGUUUGUACUCACUAUGUGUGCUGAUGGUAGACAUAUUUUUUGUCUACAUAAAUACUAUCAUCUCUAUUAUUGAAUCAGUGUAUGAAUUCUUUGUACCACCACCUAUGAAAUCUUUGAAAAAUGAAACAGCUUUGAUUAUUGGUGCAGGUAGAGGUAUUGGCCAGUCUCUUGCCAUACAACUGUCCGACUUAGGAGCUACAGUUAUUUGUGUAGAUAUCAAUGAAUCAAAUAAUGAAAGGACUAUAGAAUAUAUAAAAGAGAUGGGGUACGAUGAUGUCCAUGGCUACUGUUGUGAUAUUACCAAGAAGAGUAAUAUUUUGGCUCUAACCAAGUUUAUUGAGAAAGACAUUGGAUUUGUUACUAUGCUAUUCCACUGUUGUGGAGUACCCAGUCCUAGGUCCUUGAUAUCUCUCCUACCGCAGGAUAUACAAGUUACUAUGGAUUUGACUUUGAACUCGUAUAUUUGGCUGAUAGAUCAGUUAAUGCCUCAAAUGAAAGUGAAAAAUCAUGGCCAUAUAAUUGCUCUAACAUCGGUGGCUGGGUUAAGUUAUAACAAGGACUUAAUGCCAUUGAGUGUUGCACAGUUUGCAGUUCAGGGUCUUGCUAAGUCCUUGAUGGAAGAUUUCAGAGUGAAUAGGCUUGAUGGAGUUCAUAUAACACUAUCCCACAUUUACCCAUUCAUAGUGAAAGAGAACUCAGAUAUGGAAGCUAAAAUUCCAAGUUACUUUGGGACUAUAACGCCAGAGCGAGCGGCUAAAGCUGUACUAGACAGUGUUCGUCGCAACUACGCUGAAGCCUCAGUACCCAAGCACAUGCUAUUUUUGGGCAAUGUCCUACGUGUAUUGCCUCGUAAGGCCACUAUGAUGAUACGAGAUUUGUUGGAUACAGGAGUUGAUUUCGCCUAAAUGCUUAUAGAUAGUAAGAUAAUAAGACUAAGCCAUAAACACAGCAGAUAGAAUAAUUUUUAUCUUGCUUUAUUAUUUUGCCUCAAUGUGUAAAAUUAAAUUUUCUAAUAAGCAUCUUUAGAAUCAAUUAUUUUAUGUGAUAUUUUUCUUAAAAUUUACAAAAAAAAUCAAUAUCGCUUUUUAAUUAUGUAGAAGUAUUACGAUUGACUUGAUAACGAUAAUUUUCCCAAUUGUUGCGAAGGUUAUCAAAAUUAUCAUAUUACUGAAAAGAUUUAUACUAUCUAAGCAAGUAAUAAUUUAACACAAAAAUUUAUUGUUUGUUUUAUUAAAUGUAAAACAAAUAAAUAAUUUAUUUCUGUAUGAUGCAUCAUUGAUCUCUUUAAAAAAAUUUGUUAACAAAGUUAUAAAUCAUUUACAUUUAAUUCUAAACAAAAUAAUUUUAUGUCAAUGAACCAAGGUUUAUGUGUC